AUGAUGGGCAGUUCACUCCUAGAACCUAUUCCACCGCUUCCAGAAAGAGAAGGCAAACUUUUAUGUGAAGAUUUACAACAAGCUUUGUCAAGUAUGACAGCCAAUGUUACACCUAGUGAAUCUACAGAACUUGAUCAGAAAAACUCCACCAAUCAAUUGACCAAUGCAGAUUCUGUUGAUGUGGCUACUCGAGUUGCAAUGGUACGAUUUUUCAAUUCCCUAAAUAUAUUAGGCAAUAUUACUGAACAUACUAGAACUAUUCGUUUAUUUCCUAGACCAGUGGUUGCAUUUCAAAAAUUCUCUUUCUUAAAAUCACGUCAAAUACUUACACCAUUUACAAGGAAAUUAGUUGAAACACAAGCAGUUGAAUUUUUCGCUGAAUGGUGCUUAUAUCCUGAAAAUGAAGUAUUUCAACGAAUUCAUGCUGGUAUACAUGAUCCUGAACAAAUUGGUGAUAAAGGUAUAUGGUAUCAAGAAAAUUUAGCUCAAAUAAAUUUUGAGAUUUGGUCUUCACAACAAACUGAUGAUCGUUAUGUGGCGUUAAAUCUUAUUCAUUCAGAUGAUAGCGAAAAUUACGAAACAAUACGUGAGAAUUUUUCCAAACUUACUACUACUUCUACUACUAAUGAUUUUACUAGUAAUAUCAUACAUGAUUUGAAUAGUUUAUACAAUCCACCAAGAAAUAUGGAUGAUUUAUUAAAAAAUGCUAUCCAAUCACAACAUUACAUACGUAAAAAUAAACCGAAACGACGACCUGACCAACAACAACAACAACAACACCAACACCAAUUACAUCCAACGGAUUCAUUCGAUCUUCCUCAUGCUCAAUUACAAAACUCUAAUUCUAUUGAAUUGAAUGAAAUGGAAUCAAAUGAUAGAAAGAAAUUAUCUGGUCGUAUGUUGACCAUACCGUCAAUGGCUGAGUCUAGCAGUGAUUCAUCUGAUGAUCAAGAUGAUUCAGAUAUUUGGGAUUUAAAAAGCUCUGUGAAUCAAUCUGAUAUGAAAGAGGACAAUAUCACCGAUGAACCAGUGUUAAAGAACACUUCAAAUGCUUCUAUUCUACGCAAAUCUUCUUUACGUAAAAAAUCACCCACCACCGCCAACAGUCAACAACCUAAUGAAACCAAUGAAAUUCUUCAUAAAAGAUCGGUGCAUUAUAAUGAAGAACAAUUAGUACAAAUAUUAGAUAAAGAUGAUACAAGCAAUGGGAAUAAUAAUGUUGUUGUCGAAGACAAGGAAGAUACACAAAAUGCAGAAGAAGUUGUGGAUGACGGUAACGGUGACGGGGACAGGGACGAUGAUGAUGAUGAUGAUGAUGAGAUGGAACAAACAUCUGUUGGAAAAUAUCUGCUUAAUAAUUUAAGUGAUAAUCUAUCUGAUGCUGCUAGUCAUGCUAGUAUAACUUUAUCAGGAUUAUUAAAUAAACCCAAGACAAUUGUACGUAAAUCUGGCAGUUUAGUAAAGAGAAUGGCUACAGAAAUUGCAAGCAGUACAAAGUCCACUGAUGCAACCGGUAGUAACACAACAAAUACUAUCAAUAAACACAUAGAUGCCAACAAUGCUAAGCCCGAUGGCGAUCUUCUUCAUACUUCAUCAACAUUUGUUUUGAAUUUCCCGAAAAAACAAUUUUUUCACUUUGGUGCCAAUAAAUCAAAACAACAUGAAGAAUCAACAGGAUUAUUGAAUAAAAAUAAAAAUAAUCAGAUCAAUUCCAACAAACUAGUUGAUUUAAAUAUUGUUAAUCCUGAAAAGAGUCAUGCAGAUCAAGAAUUUCUUCGUCAAGUAGUUCAAUAUGUACAAGAAGGACAGGCAAAUAUUCAAAUGAAAUUCUCUAUUAAUCGUCUUAAAGAAUUAUUAACCGAUGAAAAUUAUCGUAACUAUUUAUUAUCAAAAUUAAAUCGUAGCCUAUCUCAAUUAUUUGAUGAUCCAGAUGAAUCUAUUCCUGAUGUUUCUAUCCUAAAUAUAGAUGAAUAUAAAUCACAUAUUUGGCUGUUACAAUGUGUCAUACGUGGUCUUGAACAAACAUGUACAAAUCAUGGAAUCGGUGGUUUGGCUAGUGCUAUGAUGUUAUUAGAAUUAUGUCAUACGCAUUACAUGAAUAGCACAAGCAGUACUACAGUUUCACCCGGUAAACUAUAUGAAUCUCAGAAUUCAAGAAAAAAGAAUUUACAAGAUGAAGAGAAUUUAGUCACAGCAUUUACUGGAUGGUUACGUACAACUACAAAAGAUUUAAAGAAAGUAACUAAACCUAACAUUGUAACAGGUUUAUUCAAUAGACCGAAUCCAAUGGAAAAUUUAAAUAACAAUAAUAGUCAGUCAUUAGAUUUAUCUACUAAAAAGACUGAUUUACAUCAAACAAAUGAUAACUCCAUUAGUUCAAUUAUAGAAGAACAGAAUAAUUCGAAUUUCAUGAAUAAAGAUACUACUGUCCGAAAGAAAUCUCAAAAUGCUAGUUCUUAUCGUUUUAUUCAUGGUAAUUUGAUUGAUGUAUCAGCUCAACAUCAAUCAACAACGACUAUUCAUAUUGAUAAUCAUAAUAGUAACAAUAGUGGUGACCAUAGGGAAAUUAAUAUUUCCAAUCAGUUUUCAAAUCGUAUUUAUUUAUAUGAAAAUUUAAUUGAUGGCGAUGAACGUUCACGUUUAUGGGAUCAUAUGCAAUUUUGGGAGGAUACAUUUUUUGAUACAGUUGCUCAAGAAAGAGAUAUUUUAGGUAAGUUAGUUUCAAUAAACCAUGAUAAUGAUAAUAUCAUUUACAAUCUGUAUUUUUAUUGA